AUGACGAUUGAUAAGUCUUGGAUUUCUUGGAGAAAACGCGGUAAAGAAUAUUGGGAUUGUCUACAAGUAUUUUUGGCGAUGGCUUCAAAUUAUAAGAAUUCUGAUGGGAAAAUUAGAUGUCCUUGUGUUAAGUGCUUAAAUACUCGAUUUGAGCCUUUAAACAUUGUGGAAGCGCAUGUAUUUGAUUGGGGUUUUGAUAAUGGUUAUCAAAAGUGGAUUUACCACGGGGAGUCAGAAACAGAAGUUGUUGCACGGACGGAAGUUGUUGAGCAUAUUUUAGAUGAUGAAGAUGACGAGAUGAUUCCCAUUGUUGAAGAUUUCAUUCGACCAACAACUGAAGAUGUUCAACGCAAUUCUGAUUCUUUUCAAUAUUACGACGAGUUAUUUGAAGAGAUUGAAGCUGAAUUGUAUCCUGGAUGCCAUUGGAUUUCUUCACUUAACUUUCUAGCAAAGUUAUUGCAUUUGAAAGUUCGUGGAAAAAUUCCUAUCGGCGUAUUUGAUGAAUUAUUAAAAUUAUUGAAUCUUGCUUUUCCGAAAGGAAAUAAAAUUCCAUCGACAUACUAUGAGGCUAAAAAGAGACUAAAAAAAUUAGGUUUAGGCUAUGAGUCUAUUCAUGUGUGCGAGCAUGAUUGUUGCUUAUUUUAUAAAGAGCAUGCCACUAAAGAUGCUUGUCCAAUUUGUGGAACUAGUCGAUGGAUUACUUCAACAAAAGCUAAUGGAAAAAGGGUGCCACGUAAGGUGUUGCGCUAUUUUCCAUUGACACCUCGGUUGAAAAGAUUAUAUGGUUCAAGACAUACUGCAAAACACAUGGUAUGGCAUCAUACUGGAAAAUCGAAGGAUGAACGAGUGAUGCGUCACCCGGUUGAUGGGAUUGCUUGGAAGGACUUUGAUGCUAAACAUCCUGAUUUUGCCAGUGAACCUAGAAAUAUUCGCUUAGGUUUAGCUGCUGAUGGCUUUAAUCCAUUUGGCAACAUGAGCCUAGCAUAUAGUAUGUGGCCUGUCGUGUUAGCAAACUAUAAUCUUCCACCUUGGAUGUGCAUGAAAGACAAUAAUUUCAUGUUGGCCCUACUAAUUCGUGGACCAAAAUCACCAGGAAAAGACAUGGAUGUUUUUCUAAGACCAUUGGUGGAUGAGCUGAAAGAGUUGUGGGUUGAUGGAGUUGAUACGAGAGAUUGUAGGACAAACACCGUGUUCAAGUUGCGUGCAGCCCUUUUAUGGACUAUUAAUGAUUUUCCUGCUCGAAGUAGUUUGUCUGGAUGGAGUGGUCAAGGAUACAAGGCUUGUCCAACGUGUAACGAAGACACUUCUUCGAUACGAGUGAUUGGUAAGACAUCAUAUGUAGGUCACAGAAGAUUCUUGCCCAGUAACCAUCGAUUUAGAAGGGACACCAACUUUGAUGGAGAAAUUGAAAGAAGACAUCCACCAAGACGUUUUACUUGUGAGGAAAUUCUCGAACAAGUAAACAAACUUGUGCCACAAGUUCCUGGAAAACAUGACCAAUUUGGUGGUGUAAAACGCAGACGAGUUGCAGAAGAUCAAAAUUGGAGGAAAAAAAGUAUCUUUUAUGAGCUUGAGUAUUGGUGGUCAAAUACUUUGAAACACAAUAUUGAUGUGAUGCAUGUUGAGAAGAAUGUGUGUGACAGUCUGUUGGGCACAAUCUUGGACAACGAGAAAUCAAAGGACACAACUAACGCAAGACAUGAUUUGAAGAAAUUAGGAAUAAGGGAAUGGAUGUGGAUUUAUGAAGAUGAUAAUGGCAAGUUAAUGAAGCCACACGCCCCUUACGUCCUCAAAGCUGAUGAAAAAUUGAAAUUUUGUCAAUUUAUCAAGGAUGUGAAGUUUCCCGAUGGAUUUUGCUCAAAUUUGAAGAAGAAAGUGAACAAUGAUUUAUCAAAUGUUCUUGGAUUGAAGUCUCACGAUUGUCAUGUAAUUAUACAAAGAUUAUUGGCAAUUGGUGUUCGUAAGUUUCUCCCUAAAGAUGUAUCGACAACUAUUGCUGAAUUAUGCAACUUUUUCAGGCAAGUAUGUUCAAGAACUAUAAACUUUAAAGAUAUGGAGGAAGCACAAAAAGACCUUAUUUUGAUAUUGUGUAAGUUGGAGUUGAUUUUUCCUCCAGCUUUUUUUGAUAUCAUGAUUCAUUUGGUCUUACAUUUGCCUGAAGAAGCAAUUUUGGGUGGACCUGUGUUUAUGAGAUGGAUGUACCCUUUUGAGAGGUACAUGAAAAAAUUGAAGAAUUAUGUUGGAAAUAAAGCUCGUCCUGAAGGGUCAAUAGCUGAAAGCUAUGUUGCAGAUGAGGCAUUGACAUUCUGCUCUAUGUAUUUUAAGGGGGUAGAAACCAAAUUUAACCGACUUGAUCGCAACGAAGAUGAAGUGAUUCCUAGAAUUCUUACCGUCUUCCAAUCACAAUGUCGUCCCUUAACAAGAUCAAAUAUCAUGCCUCUAGACAGAAAGACUCGUGAAAAGGCUGAGUGGUUCAUCUUUGACAAUUCACCUGAAAUCAGACCAUAUUUAGAGUAA